AAGCUCAACAACAUGUUUUCCAAUUCCAAUUAAUUACCAAACCCAUAACACACCCACAUACAUAACUUCAACUUCAAUUUUCCCCAAUUCAUCCUCUCUAAAAAUGGAAAAAAAAUCUGGUAAAAAAUUUCAUCCCCGAUCUGGAAAUUCCGUUACAUAUGACUCAUCCUACCCCAUCUACGCCAUGGCUUUUUCCUCCUUCACUUCUUCCCUCCCCAAUCGCCACCCUCGAAUUGCCAUUGGGAGCUUUAUCGAAGAGAUCAACAAUUGUGUUGAUAUUCUCUCUUUCGAUGCACAUAACCUAACCCUUAAGCCUAUUCCGAAUCUCUGUUUCGAACACCCUUAUCCACCUACGAAGCUCAUGUUCCAUCCUAAUCCUUUUGAUUCUCUCAAAUCGAAUGACAUUCUUGCCUCCUGCAGUGACUACCUCCGUCUUUGGGAAGUUGGUGAUACUUCUAUUGAACCCCUUUUCACUCUCAGUAAGAAUAAAACUAGUGAAUACGUUGCCCCUUUGACGUCUUUUGAUUGGAAUGAGGUGGAGCCCAGAAGAAUUGGUACUUCCAGUAUAGACACUACUUGUACCAUCUGGGAUGUUGAAAUAGGGGCUGUCGAAUCUCAAAUUAUAGCCCAUGAUAAAGAAGUUUACGAUAUAGCUUGGGCUGAAGCUGCGGUUUUUGCCUCCGUUUCUGCUGAUGGGUCAGUUAGGAUUUUUGAUUUGAGGCAUAAGGAACAUACUACAAUUAUUUAUGAGAGUCCAGAACCGGGUACUCAGUUGUUGAGGUUGGCUUGGAACAAGCAUGACUUAAGAUAUCUGGCUACUAUGUCGAUGGAUUGCAACAAGAUUAUGAUUUUAGAUAUUAGAUCUCUAGCAAGGCCUGUGGCAGAGUUGGCUAGGCAUCAGGCGAGUGUUAAUGCUAUUGCUUGGGCUCCACAGAGUCGUCGACAUAUUUGUUCGGCUGGGGAUGACGGGCAGGCGCUCAUUUGGGAGUUGCCAACUGUUGUAGGGCCUAAUGGGAUUGAUCAUAUGGCAAGGUACUCUGCUGGAGCUGAGAUUAAUCAAAUUCAGUGGUCUGCUGCGCAUCAUGAUUGGAUUGCCAUUGCGUUUUCUAACAAGUUGCAACUGCUUAAAGUAUAA